UCAACAAAUACCUGAUACUCCAUAUAUCCAUCCACCUUUCUUUAAAAACAUCACAUUUUUACACAUUCCCAUGCUUUUCCCAUUUCCCGUCUUAUGACAUUAUUUCGUCAUCAGUUCUUCAGAUAACUAACUAAUAAUUGAUAUCAAUCAAUUCAAUUCAAUUCCCAUCUUAAUGCGACUUGUCAUUCUUUCCAAUUUUCAUUUUUCCCUUUCCCCUUCUGAUUAAACUUUAAGCCAAACUUCCGAACGAAAACUGAAAAAGGAAAAGGAAAAGGAAAAGAAAAAGAAAAAAGAAAAAAGAAAAAGAAAAUCUCGGAGCUAAUGCUGUCUCAGCACCACAUUCACCUCCGGCCUUCCAAAUAACAUAUACAAUUCUUCAAGUUUGAAUACAUACUAUACUACCCAUUACACAACAAUACUCUUCCUUUUUGCGCCGCGAAGGAUCAAUAAGGGAUAAUUAAAUUCGACAUGUCGGACGGUGAUCCAUCAAUACAUAUGAAUAAUUUGGACUUGGACCCUACUGCCGUCAUGUAUCAUCAUCAUGCAGACAACCUCGGGUCCAUGAAUAGGGUCUUGUCAGCCUCGCAGGUACGAAACGCGGUUCGAUCGAGAUCUUUUAUAGAUCUUCUGGACCUCUCAACCCCAAUUUUCAUUCAUGCCACAUUCUAAUCCCGAGUCUAGGCCGACCAAAGUUUAUCCGAUAAUUUAAUGAGCGAUAUGUUACAGGAUAAUUUGUUUGAUGAUUUUGAUGGUUUACCUGAUAUGAACAUGAACAUUGAUAUGAAUACUCUUGGCGACAAUGGCAACAUUCCAAAAUCUUUCACGCCGCUCAACAAUAUGAUGUCGCAGACUGGAAUUGAUCAGACGGAUGAUGCUGGAAAGGCUCUAACAAAUGUUGGGGAUAGUCAGAUGGGAGAAGUUGGUGCUGGACCGUUACCCGCAGGCUUUGGCGCCCAGCCUUCACUUCCCACUAGCAGCUCAGUGAACGAUUUUACCAAACGAAGAAAUUGGCCACAAAAGGUUGUCGAGGAGAUUAAGGAUUUUAUGCACGUAUUAACGCCCAAUGGAAAGCUGGUUUAUGCUUCUCCUAGCUGUCAUGCCCUCACUGGAUAUACGCCCGAAGAGCUCGCGGGGAAAUUCAUUCAGGAUUUGAUACAUCCAGAUGACAGUGCAAUGUAUCUUAGGGAGUUCAACGAAUCCAUCGCUUCAGGCAAUGCACUACGCUUCUACUACCGAUUUCAUAAGAAAGACAAGACCUUCAUAAUUUUCGAGUCGCAUGGACAUGCUCAUUAUGCAUCGACAGCCCCUCCAUCGACCACUCAACAAUCACAAGCAGAAACUGCAGAUUAUUGCAGAGGAUUUUUUAUGAUGGCACGGGAAUAUCCAACCAAAAACGCUAUUCUAUUGGAUUCAUUUUUGGAACAUAAAACCGAGUUUGAGCGAAUGUCGAAGAAGAUAAGGGAUCUCAAGAGAGAAGAGGAGGAAGAAUACGAAGAUAGUGAAAGAAAUUAUCAUAAGCAACCAUCAGACUCAUCUGAGACGAUAACCACAGCCAUGAGCACAUCUAUGCCUAUCGACGCAAGUCAUCCUGAUUUCCUAGCAAUGCCUCCUCCAGCCAGGCCGGAUAUGUCAUAUAGCACUUUGACCAAAGCAAAUCUCGAGGAUGCAAGUUCUGGUAGCAAACCCGAUUCUAUGAAAGAUAAAAUGAUGCGAUAUGAGGGCGUGGAUAGCAUAGAAAUGCUCACUGGGUUACAAUAUCGUGAAGGUGAAAGAAGUCAAGGGAUCAGCACUGGUGACCAUAGUCCAGCUUUGAUUAGAGGUGAUGCUGGAAUUGCUAUACCAAUUGACAAGGAUGGUCGUUCAGGAGACAAAAAAAAGAAGAUGAAGCUGGUAGAUGAAUAUGUUUGUACGGAUUGUGGUAUGUACCAUAUUUAUUUACUGAUUUUGAAGUUUUUAAAAGAAAGAGCUAAUACUUGAUAAAGGUACUCUGGAUUCACCAGAAUGGCGCAAAGGUCCUCAAGGUCCCAAGACACUCUGUAACGCUUGUGGUCUUCGUUGGGCCAAGAAGGAAAAGAAACAGAAGCCGGAACCAUUGAAUCCUCCUGCAGGAGCUUGAGAAUAUCGUUAGCAACUCUCUUACGAAAAAUGACUUGAUUGAUUUUACAGGGCGCUUGGGCGUGAGGGAAAUUUAAACAAAUCCAAUAUGAAGCUUGGGCUGGGAUGGUGUUUUAAGAGGGUUCAUUACUUCAAUACCCCACUCGAAUUCGGCGUUUUCUCCUUUCUCUUUGGCUUGGGAUAUUUAAUCGGAUGUUUGGAGUAUCCGAGAUUUAAGAAUGAAUUAAAUGAGAUGGAAAGUGAUAUAUCUGGUUAUUUAGUUACUUGAGGCUUAUGGAUAUCACAGUAUCAUCCAUUCUAUUGUAUGAAAAUAAAAGUAUAUUAUAUAAUGAUUGAAAUUUUAUCUUUUAUAAA